AUGGCGGAAGAGGUUUACGACGGUGCCAUUGGCAUUGAUUUGGGUACUACCUACUCUUGCGUUGCUACCUACGAGGGUAACAAUGUCGAGAUCAUUGCCAACGAGCAGGGUAGCUUCACUACCCCCUCUUACGUUUCCUUCAACGAGAAGGAGCGUCUGAUCGGUGAGGCCGCCAAGAACCAGGCCGCCAUGAACCCCAGAAACACCGUCUUCGAUGUCAAGCGACUUAUCGGACGUCCCUUCGAUGACCCCAUCGUCAAGAAGGAUAUCGAGUCUUGGCCCUUCAAGGUCGUCGAGCAGGGCACCAACCCCAUGGUUGAGGUUGAGUACCUUGGCGAGACCAAGACUUUCUCCCCCCAGGAGAUCUCCGCCAUGGUUCUUACCAAGAUGAAGGAGAUUGCCGAGACCAAGCUUGGCAAGAAGGUUGAGAAGGCUGUCAUCACCGUCCCUGCCUACUUCAACGACAACCAGAGACAGGCCACCAAGGAUGCCGGUGCCAUUUCUGGCCUCAACGUCCUCCGUAUUAUCAACGAGCCUACUGCUGCCGCCAUUGCCUACGGUCUCGGUGCUGGAAAGUCCGAGAAGGAGCGCAACGUCCUGAUCUACGAUCUUGGUGGUGGUACCUUCGAUGUCUCCCUUCUCAACAUCCAGGGUGGUGUCUUCACUGUCAAGGCCACCGCUGGUGACACUCACUUGGGCGGUCAGGACUUUGACAAUAAUUUGCUUGAGUUUUGCCGCAAAACUUUCUUGCAAAAGUCUAAGAAAGACAUCUCCGGAGACCCCCGUGCCCUCCGAAGACUCCGAACUGCUUGCGAGCGUGCCAAGCGUACUCUGUCCAGCGGUGCUCAGACCACCAUUGAGAUUGACAGCUUGGCUGAGGGCGAGGAUCUCUUCCUCCAGAUCACCCGUGCUCGUUUCGAGGAGUUGAACGCCAAGGCUUUCCAGGGUACUCUGGAGCCUGUUGCCCAGGUCCUCAAGGAUGCCGGUUGUGACAAGAAGGCUGUCGACGAGAUCGUCCUUGUUGGUGGUUCCACCCGUAUCCCCAAGGUCCAGAAGCUCCUUAGCGACUUCUUCGACGGCAAGAAGCUCGAGAAGAGCAUCAACCCCGAUGAGGCUGUUGCCUACGGUGCCGCCGUCCAGGCCGGUAUCCUCUCCGGCAAGGCCACCUCCGAGGACACUGCCGACCUCCUCCUGCUGGAUGUCGUUCCCCUGUCUCUCGGUGUCGCCAUGGAGGGUAACAUCUUCGCCCCCGUCGUCACCCGUGGCCAGACUGUCCCCACCAUCAAGAAGCGUACCUUCACCACUGUUGCCGACAACCAGCAGACCGUUCAGUUCCCCGUUUACCAGGGUGAGCGUGUCAACUGCGAGGACAACACCUCCCUGGGAGAGUUCACUCUCGCCCCCAUUCCCCCCAUGCGUGCCGGUGAGGCCGUCCUUGAGGUCGUCUUCGAGGUCGAUGUCAACGGUAUCCUGAAGGUCACUGCCACCGAGAAGACCUCGGGCCGCAGCGCCAACAUCACCAUCUCCAACUCCGUUGGUAAGCUCUCGUCCGCUGAGAUCGAGAACAUGAUCAGCGACGCCGAGAAGUUCAAGAGCUCCGACGAUGCUUUCAGCAAGCGUUUCGAGGCCAAGCAGCAGCUCGAGUCCUACAUCAGCCGUGUUGAGGAGAUCGUCUCUGACCCGACUCUGUCCCUCAAGCUCAAGCGUGGCCAGAAGGAGAAGAUCGAGCAGUCUCUCAGCGAGGCCAUGGGCCAGCUCGAGAUUGAGGACUCCAGCGCUGAGGAGCUGAAGAAGAAGGAGCUUGCUCUCAAGAGACUUGUGACCAAGGCCAUGUCCUCGCGAUAA